UGAAUUGUUUCAAAAAAACCGUCCCUGAUAUAUGCUUAAACGUCCUGUAAAAAAUGAGAUAAUUUAAAGAAAUAAAGAAAAAAAUGGGGAAUACAGAAAGUAACGUGACUAGUGGUGUGAAGAAACAGGCCGGGGCAUCGUUACAACCCAUUUACAAAUUAUGCGAUUUGAAAGGCGGUGGGCUUUUAGUAGAACUCAUGAAACGAGCGAUUCAAAACAAACAAUUUGCUGAAAUCGAUCACGCUAUUAAAACUAAAGUAGAACCGUUUCUAUAUAACAGAGGCGCAGGAAAAUACAUCCCAAUAUCUCAAUUGGUCCUCUUGAGGAACAAAGAACGAGCGAGACACAAAUUGUUACCCCAGUUGAAGUCGAUGGAAAACCCCGACGAUUUUGAAAUCGACGACGAAGGAAUAAACAUAUCCGAGGAUGAAUAUCAAAACAAUCCUCAUUUAUACCGGCAACUCUGUUGGAGGAUAAGAGACAGGGGCGCAGUGGGCGAGACCCUCCUGCACCUUUGUCUCCUCAACGCCACAUCUUUACACGCCGAUCUGGCCAAGCGAUUAUUGCGAUUCUACCCGAAUUUAAUCAACGAUGUCUACAUGUCAGACGAGUAUUACGGAGAGAGCGUUCUACACAUAGCCAUCGUCAACGAAGACCCGUCCAUGGUGAGGUUCCUGCUAGACGCUAACGUGAACAUAGCCGAGCGGUGCUUCGGGAAUUUCAUGUGCCCCGAGGAUCAGAAGUUCUCCCGCAAUGACUCGCUCGAUCACGAAUGGGUCAACGUGUGCCAAGAGACGAAUUACGAAGGGUACGUCUAUUGGGGCGAGUAUCCGCUAUCGUUCGCGGCCUGUUUGGGACAAGAGGAGAGCUUCAGGUUGAUUUUAGCCAGGGGCGCCGAUCCGGACGCGCAGGACUCCAACGGUAACACCGUUUUGCACUUGCUCGUCAUCAAGGAGAAAUCGGAACAUUUCGAUAUGGCUUACGAAGUAGGAGCUAGUUUAGGCAUUAGAAAUAAUCAAACUCUUACGCCACUCACUCUGGCAGCGAAAUUGGGGAGGACCGACAUGUUUUUCCACAUUCUAAAUUUGGAACGAGAAAUAUACUGGCAAAUAGGUAGCAUAACUUGCGCUGCUUACCCCCUAUCACAAAUCGACACCAUCGACGUUGAAACUGGCAACAUAUGCAAAAUAUCGGCCUUAAACCUGGUAGUUUUUGGCGACAAAGACGAACAUUUGGCGCUGUUAGAUGGCCUGCUUAUCGACCUGCUGAACGCCAAAUGGAACACUUUCGUCAAAUUCAAAUUCUACCAGCAAUUCUUCACAUUUUUCUUCUACUUCGUGAUAUCUCUGGUGGCGUUCACGCUGCGCCCCGGACCGGCCGAGGUGGCGGCUGCAGGCAAAAACGCCACCAAUGUUACCGCCUCUCACCGGACGAUAAACGCCACUGCCAAGAUUCUUCGGCUGAAUGACACCGCGAGAACCGCUAAGAUUUUAGGCGAGAUCGACGACGAUUAUGAUGUGGAAGAGUGGUGGGAUAAUUUAAGGGAAGAAUGCAGAUUAAUGCAGCUAGAUUCGCUCGAGGCUAAAAUCAGAUUCAGCGCUGAGAUUGCGAUAUCUAUUGGGGCCUUUUUGUAUUUAGCUUCAGCCGUCCGCGAAGCCAGAUUCUUGGGCUUGAGGAUGUUUUUCGAAAACCUGAAAACUUCUCCUUCGAGGGUAAUGUUCUUGUUCUCUUGUAUUUUGAUGCUGUUCAUACCGAUGUUGCGAAUAGCGUGUCAGGAUGAAAUGGAAGACGUUAUUGCCGUUAUGGUGAUGCUCACAACGGCACCAUAUUUUCUUUUCUUUUGCAGGGGUUUCAAAACGGUGGGUCCGUUCGUAGUGAUGAUAUACAGGAUGGUAAUGGGCGACCUAAUCAGAUUUGCGACGAUUUACUUGGUAUUCGUGAUGGGAUUUUCGCAGGCUUAUUACAUAAUAUUUUUAUCGUUCGAUAAUCCAUUAACUCCGGACGAUGUGGAUGAUUCGGCGACGAAUCCCAUGUCAACGCCCAUAGAGUCUAUCAUGGCGAUGUUCUUGAUGUCUCUGACGAAUUUCGGCGAUUAUUAUGACGCCUUCGCGAGGACCGAACAUGAAAUAGAAGCUAAGAUAUUAUUUGUCGUAUUCAUGGCUAUAGUUGCGAUACUUUUGAUCAACAUGUUGAUCGCUAUGAUGGGCAAUACUUAUCAAAAAAUAGCUGAAACGAGGAACGAAUGGCAAAGACAGUGGGCGAGAAUAGUCUUGGUUGUAGAGAGAGGCGUAAGUCCACGGGAAAGGCAUAAACAGCUAAUGGUUUAUUCGCAGCCUAUGUCUGACGAUAGGAGAGCUCUUGUCCUGCGUUUGAAUCAAUCGGAUGAGGCUAAGGAAGAAAUGAAAGAAAUUUUAGAGAUCAAAAGGAGGCACGAUAGGAAUGUAAAGAAGCGCAAAGACGCUCAACAGAUAUUAAAAAAUAAAGCUACUGCUUAAAUAAACCAUUUUUAGAAUAGAUUAUUAAUUUAAUAAGUGUUGAUUAGUAAAAUUAUAUAGCAAAAAUGUUUAUAAAUGUUGUUGCUUAACAUCUUUUACGACUCACAAAACUUAAUCAUUGGUGUGAAUGGAAUGUUGCAGGCCAAUAAAAAAAUGUAAUAAAAUUAACCAUUUAUGUACAAAAAACACUUUAACAUGUGUAUUAGAACUUAUAAAAGUUAUGCUAUACCUAUCAGAAGUUUUCAGCUAUGUUUUUUUGGUUUUCUUCUUGUUCCACUUGUCGAUGCUGACUCGCUAUUCUAAAACGUACUUGCAUUAAAAUACCUUCACUACAGAAAUGAUUACAAAAACCCUACCUUUUCCUCUUCAAUAUCAGGUAAAUUAGAUUUACCACUUGCCCUUGUUACUCUUUUAGUUGAAGCACCUAAAGCAGAGAUUUUUAUCAAAAUAAAAUAUUAAAAAUUGCAACAAUGCAAUUUAACUUAAAAUCACUCGCAAAAAUCUAAAUAUUCAUAAUUAUUUUAAACUUACCGGAUUUGUUAGAAGAAACCGACUCCGUUCUGCUCCUAGUAGAGACCUCGCUCUCAGUGUUUGCGCCUCUCUUCCUCUUAGAGGCUCUCUUAGACGAAACAGCGGACUCCGCGACCUCCGAUACCACUGAACUGCUUUCUGAACAAGUCCUCGAUCUUGUCAAUACUCCUAAAAAGUUCGCGUGCAAUACAAUAAGCGAUAAUUAAACAGAAAAACUCAACUACCUGCAGGUGGACUUUUUGUUUGACUCCUCGUGGACCGUUUAGAUCUCUCAGUGUGGCUCUGCGAAAGCGUGUUCGAUGCUGCUGAAGCCACCGAAUUGGACCUAUUCCUUAGGGAGGUUUUACGUGCGGAAGUCGCGCUAGUCGAAGGAGAUGUUCUGUCGUAGACCAUCGUUUCCUCUGGGUCCGGUUUAC